AAUUGUAAGUGAAUGAAAUUUGAUUUAAUUUAAUGAUUACAAAUUAAAGUUUAACAUUUUCUUUUUGUGCUCAUUGUGAAUUUAAUGACCAUCAUGAUCAGUUUGGUUUCGCUACACCAAUUUACACUCAUUUCACUUCAACCUGUGUCCACUCUUGUCAAACUCUUCUUGUCUCGACUGUACAACAACCAAAUACUUUGAUGAUGGUGAGAAUGAAAGAUUUUGCCAAUGGACACAAAGUGAAGAAAGUCAACUUUGUACUUGUUCAUCAAAUUCAAGUGCAAUUCCUAAAAAUGUAAAUGGUACAAGAGAAAACUCGUGUAUUGGUAUCACUAAUAUAGUCGCAUGUCAAUCACCGUCGAACGGUUUUGAUGAUAUUCCUUGUGGAUUUGAUUGUUCAAAUUGUCCAAAAGAUGAUGUUACAAUUAAAUUGGAUCGUAAAGGUCGGGCUAAUGUGUCGUAAUGAUGUAAGUCGCAAGUUUUUACGACUCACUCGGCUCUAAUCAACUGAGUCGAAGUCGGUGCUUUAUCGAUUCACUUGUCACUUAAACUUAAGAAAUUAAUUGAAUUCAAACAGAAAAGUUUAGUACAAGCCUUGUAAAAAGAUUUCUCCUUGAAAACUGAAUUUUCACCUUUCUCUGUGGCUAAUUGAAACAUUUUAUACUAAAUUCAAAACCAGAAAAUCUAUCAGUUGGUACAAUUCGUUUUUGAAUGGACGAUAUGACUCGAAAUUCAAGUUAAUUUUUCAUUUAAAUCGACUCAAAGUCGACCGUUUUAUUUUCCAUUUUCAGAAGCGAUGUAAAUGCGAUAAACUCAGUUUUCUCAUAAUUAGAUAUGUUCGAAGUUCGAUAAACACUAAAUCGUAAUCUGUAUUCUCCAUUAACAACUUGAUCACAAUGAACGAAAAUCAUCACAUCAACAACUUAUAUAACUUGACAUUCUUGCAAAGUCAUUUCUCCAUUUACAAGGUUAAUUGUAAGUGGAAAUUGUGACAACAUUGAUUCAUGAUAACCAGUUAAAUUUAAAUCGAUAUUGAAUUUUGAUGUGAUUGGAAAAUAAAUCGUUUCAAUUGUAUUGAAUUGAAAACAAGGAUUGACAUUCAUCGUUUCGGUUACCACAAUUGAAUCGUCUCUGCAAUAAAGUAAACAAGAUUAGCUGAUCAUUUAUAAGUCUACCUUUUUUUUAAUAAACAAUAAAAGGAUAAUAUUUAAAAACGGGAUACAAACAAUCAACUGCAAACUAAAACUAUCUACUGAUUAAACUCUUAAUGAAAAUUGAUUGUACUACAAUUUGUCAAGCAAUAAUUUAUAAAAUAAGUGUUAACAAUUAAGCUGUUUGUUUGUAUUCACUGUAUCCUAAGUUUAAUUAAUUAUCAUCCCGAUUAAUUGAUUUAUAAAAUUUGCUUUUCACUUGGAAUCAAUUGAUUUCAGUUAAUCGUCAAGAAAAUGUUGCCUCAAUUAUUUUUCGCGAUUGUGUUAAUUUCUCAACUUUCAUCUAAUGUAAACUGUUACCUUCAAAUUCAUGAGUCAAGUGUUUGGAUUCCAUAUUCUGAUGAUAAUAUUUCUCAGCCUAUUUUCAUGUGGCAUAUGAAUCGGGGUUUCCUACCGACACAAUAUUCAUCUCUACAAUUGAAUACUGAUCCAACCAAUUUUGCUAAUCCUAAUUUCUUUCACACUCUUAAGAAAGCCUAUUCGUUAUAUUUAAAUCCACAAAGUACUGAUAUUUGUAUUUUAUUACCUGUCAACAAUUCUAUAUUCGUACACUUUGAAUUGAACGAAACUAUGGCCACUCAGUACAAUUCAACUGAUAGCCGUAGGUCAAUUAAUCGUUCUCGAGCUGUUCUGUAUGAACUGCCGGAUGAAACAACUGUUGAAUUCCCUGGAAUUGAUGUUAGAGCGGAAAAUAUUUCUCAAUUGAUUUUGGCCACUCUUCGAUAUAAUGGUAUACCCAUUGAGGUCCAAGCCCGUACUGUCGAUCGCAAUUUCGAUAGUAUUACCACGUUUAGCGCUUUCAAUCAUAUGAAUAAAGCUUAUAGUGUCGGACGUCGUAUUCAUCGCGAUGGCAAUGUUGUCGUUUUCGUUUCUCGAACAAGAGUAGAUACUCAAAUACGGUACAUUGAUUUGGGUUUCCACCAAUUUCGACAAGUUUUUGGUGAUAUAUCUACAGUUCAGUUUGUCGCUUCCGAUUACAUCCUUCAGCAUGGUGAUUUUUCGGUUGCACAGUUACUCUUUAUAAGUUAUCAAAACAGAUCCGAUGAAAUUGUAGCAUUUCGCUUUUCAGAAAUAAUGACGUACUUUGAUCAUUUGAACAGUAGCAGUUGUGGAUUCAAUCCUGAUAUAUGGUCAAUUGUUAACCUCACUAGAAGUCCUGAAUGUUACGAAUCUCAGACCAGAGUUUUGACUAAUAGCCCGACAAGAAUUGCAAAUUUCACGAUAUUUCCUCACCUCGAACCCGCGAGCCAAUAUUUAAUGUCAAUCCGCCCAAUGAAUAGUUAUAUGAGAAUCAAUUUGGAUAGAGAUGGUUGGGAUAAAAUUGUCGAUUUUGUCGCACUUGCAAUGACAGCGAUGCCUGGUUAUCUUCUUUUGGUUCUUACAGCGGAUCGUCAAUACACACGAUAUCGAUUUUCAAUUCAUUACGUUGAUUCUAAUACUUUUCGGGUAACUAAUCAUCCAGAUGAGGUGAUAAUUCCAUACAGUGGACGUCAUAAUGAUGUUAAAAUCUAUUAUCACGAUAAUCCAAUCCCUCAAGUACUCAUUACGAUGGGUCGAUUUCAAUAUCAUUCAAACAUUAACCUGUGUCCACUCUUGUCAAACUCUUCUUGUCUCGACUGUACAACAACCAAAUACUUUGAUGAUGGUGAGAAUGAAAGAUUUUGCCAAUGGACACAAAGUGAAGAAAGUCAACUUGGUACUUGUUCAUCAAAUUCAAGUGAAAUUCCUGAAAAUGUAAAUGAUAAAAGAGAAAACACGUGUAUUCGUAUCACAGAUUUAUCCGUAAAUCGAUCAUCGUCGAACAGUUUUGACCUGGAUAUUAGUGUAGAGGGUUAUGGUGAAUCUUUGGCAUCGACAUUUCCCCUUUUAAUCGAUUUUGUUGGAGUGCAAGAUGCGCCAGAAUGUCAAUUUGUUCGAUUCGAAAACUCAACAGCCUCUUUCAAAUGUGAUAAAAUUCCGGAAGGAGAGUUCAACAUCAAAAUUUCGGUUUCUCGUAUUGUUUCAUCGAGAAACGAGAUCUUGAGCUGGCAUUUAGCAACUGAACCAUUUUAUAUACAAGGUUCUUCUAAAUUACCGUUGAUCAUAGCUUCGAUUUUUGUGUUGACAAUAAUCGGUGUAAUUGGAAUUUACAUUUUUCAAAACAGAUUCAGAAAAGAAGGAAAAGUUACACGAUUCGGUUCGGGUAUCAAACUUGUUGGUCAAGGUAAAGCUCAGUUAAAAUCUGGUUCAGUGUUAUCAAUCUCCUCGAAAGAUAUUCUAGCUGUUAAAUCAAAGAAAUCUCAAAUCGGCUCAUCUAAGGCCAAAUCGAUCUUAGAACUGAGAAAAGGUAGUGGAUUAGGCAAGAGUAAAGCCAGUUCGAAAACUUCAUUGUCUAUGAAAUCGAGCCAAAGCAAAUCGAAAUUGUCUCAACUUAAACGUAGCUCAAGCGUUGGACCAGUCGAUUCAAAGAAAUCCCAAGUUUCCUUAGCUCGUGCCAAUUCUGUCUCAAAGGUCAAAUCAAAAUCCAGCUCCAAAUUAUUAAUAAAACCUUCCAAAGUACCUGGAAAAGUUCUUGGUAAAAGUCCAACGAAAACCUCGAAAAGUCCAUUGAUGAAAAAUAUCGCACCGACUCUGGGGAAACUUAAAUCUAAAGUAUCAUCAUCAUCAUCUUUAUUAUCUUCAUCGUCUCCAGUGAGCUCAACAUCGAUAGUUGGAUCAACAUUAUCGCAACAAUCAAUUGCUCCAAGUCCAAAGAAAACCAAUCCACCAAAAGAAACAAAAAAAUGA